AUGCCCUCCCAUUUACUUGUUGUUAUGCACCCUCCCUCUACUGUUUUUGAGAUCAUUGAAAAAGAAUUCAAUAGAUUUUUAUGGAGUGGUGUUGAUGGUACAAAAAGACAACACUGGGCAUCCUGGGAUAAUUUAUCUUUUCCCUAUACUGAGGGAGAAGCUAAUUUCAGGAAGCUCAUGGAUAUUUGUAAAGCUUAUAGUGCAAAACAAUGGUGGAGAUUUAGGACUCAAGACUCUCUAUGGAGUCAAUUUCUCAAGGCUAAAUAUAGUCCUAGAUCCCAUCCUGUCACUGUUAAAUGGAGGAGUGGUCAAUCCCACAACUGGAAAUCCAUGGCUAACAUCAAAGAAAAAGUGGAGAUGGCCAUUUUCUGGAAUAUUUGUAGCGGCAAUGUCUCCUUUUGGUAUGAUCAAUGGACUUCCCUAGGUCCUCUCUAUAAACUACUACCAACAGGGACUGUCCCCAAUAGGAGUGUCAUUAGAGAUGCCUUUAACGGUCAAAACUGGUACUGGAAUGCUUGUGGGGAUGUACCUGAUAACAUCAAAGAUCACAUUCUUCAUAUGAAUCUCAAAUUCUAUGAUGAAGAGGAUAAACCAUGCUGGAUGAAAACAAACUCAGGCAGCUUUUCGACAGGAAGUGCAUGGAAUUUCUUGAGGUCACCUAGAAGGGAGGUUUCUUUUAUGAGCAAAUUGUGGAACAAGAUAGCGCAACCUGAAACUUUAAAUCAUAUUUUUCUUGACGGACCACUUGCGGCUGCUGUAUGGAACCACUUUGGUUACCAAUUUGGCAUUCCUAGCCAUUUCAAUUCCUUGCAGCUUUCCCUUGAUACUUGGUGGAAUUCAAGACCUUCUAAUCCUGUUAUUGUCUUUCUCUUCAAAAUUUGCCCUAUAAUCAUUACUUGGACAGUCUUCUGGAAGAGACCAGCCAUUAACUUUCUCAAAAUUAAUAGCGAUGGAAGUCACAAGGUUGGAUCCAGUGGUGGAGGAGGUGUGAUCAUAGACUCUCAAGGGAAUAUGAUCAUGGCAUACUCCAUCCCAUUUGACGAGGUUUCUAGCAAUGUGGCCGAAGCCAAAGCCCUUCUUUUUGGCAUCCAAUGGAGCAUUCAAAAUGGGAUAAAUUCAUUGGAAUUGGAAACUGAUUCCAUGAUCCUUGCAGCAUGGGUUAAAGAUAUAUUCAAGAUCCCUUGGCAAGUUGACGCAACCAUCAAGGAAAUUAAAAGAGCUUUGAUUGGCACUUCUUAG